AGAGCAUUCUCCUCUCUGUCUCUUUCUCUCUGCCACUCCAAGUCUUGAUCUCGCUCUACUCCUGUGCAACACUAGUCAAAUUCUUCUGCUUUGAGGUGCUGGGGACACUGCCUAAUUUAAAAAGAGAUGGCUGAGCUUUUGAGAGUUCGUAAGAAACACCUUCAGACACCCAUACGUAGGUUAAGAUGCAUGAUAAAACAGCUUGAUGAAAAAGAGGUGAACUUUGAAGAUCUGAAAAAGAACUUAGACUACACUGCAUCCCUACUCGAGGCAGUUUAUAUUGAUGAAACGAGACAGGCUCUUGACGUGAAGGAUGACCUCCAGCAGCUACGCUCUGACGCUGUGCCCUCAGAGGUGCGAGACUGGCUGGCAUCCACCUUCUCUCAAAAAGGGCACCCCCCCAGCCGGCGCCCAGAUGAGAAGCCCCGGUUCCGCAGCAUUGUCCAUGCGGUGCAGGCUGGGAUAUUUGUUGAGAGGAUGUUUCGAAAGGCCUAUACAACAGCCAUGCCAAACCAACCCUCGGCAGUUAUUCACUGUCUCCGGGAUGUCAACAGGUGGAAUUUCGAUGUGUUUGCACUGAAUUCUGCAAGCACAGGAAAUGCUUUACAGACUUUGUUCAUGGAACUGAUCACCAGAUAUGAACUUGGCAGUCGAUUUAAGAUACCCAUCCCCCAUUUGGUGUCAUUCUUAGCUGCACUGGAGAGAGGAUACAACAAACAUGGCAACCCAUACCACUGUCACAUGCAUGCUGCCGAUGUCACACAGACCCUGCACUGCCUGUUGCUGCGUACUGGACUUGUGCACUGGCUGACUGAGCUGGAAGUCCUUGCUUCAUUGUUUGCUGCUGCUAUCCAUGACUAUGAACACACAGGGACCACAAACAGCUUUCAUAUACAUACAAGGUCUGAAUUUGCUAUGAUCUACAAUGACCGCUCAGUGCAGGAGAGCCACCACAUCAGCGCAGCCUUCCGCCUGCUCCAGGAUGAGGAAAUGAACAUUUUCAUCAAUCUCACACGAGAGGAAUGGAUGGAGCUCCGUGCACUGGUGAUAGAGAUGGUCCUGGCCACAGACAUGUCGUACCACCUCCAGCAGGUCAAAACCAUGAAAGCCUGUCUACAGCAGCCUGAAGGGAUUGAGAAACCAAAAGCACUGUCCUUGCUGCUCCAUACUGCGGACAUCAGCCACCCAAUCAAGCCCUGGCGCCUGCACUCACGAUGGACCAAAGCCCUGAUGGAGGAGUUCUUCAGGCAGGGUGACAGAGAGAAAGUGCUAGGCCUCCCUCUUUCCCCUCUGUGUGACCGGAAGAACACGUUGGUGGCCCAGUCCCAGAUUGGCUUUAUCAGCUUUAUUGUGGAUCCUACCUUUUCCCUUCUGACGGACAUGGCAGAGAAGAUAGUUAUUCCUCUGGUUCAAGAGAAUCCAGACCCACCAGUGCCGUGUAAUCGACACAGUUCAUUAUGGAAGGAGAGCUCAAGAGGCCUGGAGUGGAAUCUGGCUCACAUAACUGCAGAGCUCGUCAGUUUCAGGUCAACGUGGACUCGUCACUCUGAGGACAAUAAGAUGAAAUGGAAGGAACGAGCAUCUUGCGGGUUGAGAGAACAGAGCUCCAUAGAGGAACUUUCACCCAACAAGGAGGACUGCUCAGAUGAGCCCACACAUGAUACCAGCCCACAGGUACACUAAACAGAGCGUACACUAAGUAGAGAGGAUUUACUCAAAGUUGUUGGAUUAAAAACAACAUACUAUAUCUUCUCAAAGCUGUCAAACUGAAUUGUUUGAAACCUCAAGAAUCAUUUACACUGACUGAACAACAGUGUACUGUGAGUUCUAUUCAAAGCAUUUGAAAAAGAAAAAUGAAAAAAGAAAAAGUUUAGUCACACGUGUGCUUGUGUAUAAUGAGAAUUUAUAGUUCACAGAAUCAAAGUGAUUGAAUGAAAAUAGAUGUAAACCAAAGAGUUAUUUAUAAGAAUCAUAGUGACUUUUACUGCACGUGAUGUACAUGCUAAUCAUGUUCAAAUUUUCUGACAACCUAAAUUUGUUUUUGUACACUUGGUUUACAUUUGGAGAGUUACUCAGCUGUAAAUAUCACAAGGUAAGAAUAGAGAAAAAGAACAAAAUGUGCAAUAUAAUGAAGUGAUAAUGGUCGGUGUAAAUUUGUGUCAGUCAAAUUGAAUUUAAUGAAAUUCUUUAUUUUUGCCAAUUCAGUGAAUCAAACUGAUUGGUUAGUAUAAACAAUACAUUGGUUCCUCAUACUUACGAACACUAUUUGGACCAGACGUUCGUUGAUUCUUUCUAACUACUUUUUUACACAUCAGCUAAUUAAUAAAAAAAAUUGGUUAUGCAAAAAUUUAAGAUAAAUCUAUAAAA